UUAAUAAUGAUGUAAUUUAGACAAAUGUCCCAAGGACAGGCCAGCCUCUCCUCUCAAGUGAGAAAAGAGUCAGUACCUCCCACAGGAAGCUGCUGAAGACAAGGGUUGCAGGAUGUGUGCUCUGUUGGUGCUGGGGAUGAUUUUUCUGUCUUAUCCGUAUUGGGGUGACCUUCGUGAAGUUGGACAAGGUAUGCCCGUGACUGUUGUAAAAAUCUUUGGUAAACAGUUCAUUUGUGACAUGUUUAGGAGUAAACCCUCUUUUGAAGGAAUCCUCAGAAUCCAGGCUUCUUCUGGCAUAGUUACUCUGUUUCUGCUAGUAAGGAGAGAAGGCUCCAAUUGCAGAAUUUUCCUUGAGAUUACAUUCACCAAGUACUUCUUUCUGUGUCUCGAAGAUCUUGGAAAAAUGUGUUAUAAAUGUAAGCAGUAUCAUCUUGGGUUAUGCUAUGACGUCAUGAGAUCCUGCACACUGAAGCAUAGACAGUCCUGUGCUGCUGAGAACUUUUACAUACUCACAAAAAAAGGGCAGAGCAUGUAUCAUUAUUCAAGACUGUCAUGUAUGACCAAUUGUGAGGACAUCAACUUCCUGAGUUAUGAAAAGAGAAUAGAACUCAUCUGUUGCAAACACAGUAGCUAUUGUAACCUCCCAAUGGGACUCUAGUUCUGAGUUCUUAUGGAUUUGGCAUCAUUAUUCAAUUUACUACCCACUCCUUCCCCCCCCAAGUUUUCAUUUGUUCUCCUCUCCUAACUAAUAGUAAAUGAGAAAGUCAUUUAACAGUGAAAAGGGAAGUAGUCAUCAGAGGAAUUGGACUGGGAGAUCAACCUCAUUGCCAAGCAAAUCUUUGUAAAUUGUUUUUCUCAUAUCUGGCAGGGCACUUGGGUUGCCUACAGUGCUGCUAGUCAUGAAUAGGUCUAGAGUUAGUUAGCCCCUAUAUGAAAACAUAAAGUCUUGUGUCAAAAUGUUAUCCCAACUUUGUAAGAGAAAUCUCUGUGUAUACUCUGACAUGCUCUGUACCAAUUGAAUUGGGAUUCUCUUUGGACUAGCUCUGAGACUUCCUGGCACAAUAUUUUCUCUCAAGGAUUCUGAAGGUAGGAAGGAGAUGACCCCUACUUUUCAAUGUGCUGAUGAUCUGAUACAAAUAUUUGCCUGAUAGAUUUCAUGGGGGGGCAUCUCUGGUGAGAAAAAGCUAAACAAACCGAGAGAUUAAACAACAAUACUUUCGAAACUUGCGGAAAUUGUCAUUGAUU